CGUGCUAUCGAUAAGCUCUGAGCGAUACUCAACUGCCCGACACAUAUUAUUCCAGGUUUUUUGGGGUACUCCUCCUUCCGGCGACAGCAGCAGGACGAGAGAUGGGACCUCCCCCUUUCGUAGCGUCGGACGACCUCUGUGCUGGUGCCGACCGUGCAGGAGGCACGGAACCUCCCUGCAAUGUCAGCGUCUCGAUGUACGUCCGCGAGGUAGUGUCCGGAGCGUGCGCUGUAUUCGAAGAGGCGCCAGCGGUCGGCCUGGUCUGCAAGACCCUUCUGUCUCUGGAGAGGGUUGUGUUCACAGCCAAGGGCAACCGCAAAGAGCUGGCCGUGCUGCUCGAGCUGUGCGAUGUGGUCACGAGGGGCGCUCUCAACCAGUGGGCGAUGGCCUCCGCUGACGGCCCCGGCGUCUCGGAAGGCGCGGCGGCGCUGCGGAGGCACGUGGAGGGCGCCAAGAGGGUGGCUGCGAUGUGCAACAAGGGCAAGAUCGCGAGGUUCGCUCUGGGUAGAAAGAUAUCCCGGUCGAUCGUGUCCGUCAAGACCAACGUCGUCAACUUCGCCACCGUCCACAACCUGUCGCUCAGCGCAGGCCUUCAUGUCAAACUCGCAAACAUGGAGAAGGAGUUAGCCGCCAAGGAGAGAGAGAGGCAGCAAGCCUUGGACGCGGCCGCGAAAAAGGCUUCUGCUGAUGCCGCCUUGGGUAGCCAGUACCGAGUCGUGGGCUUAGUGAAGAGGCUGGGAUCGUCGGCUUCUGAGCGAGCCCUGAGCGUGCUGGACUGGUGCGACUACCAGCGGCAAUCGUCCUCUACGAUGGUGAAGGCCUGCGGCAAACGCCUCCGCAGCGGUAGGCCGGAGCUGUACCUGAUGGGCGGCGUGCUCCUGGCGACGGCGGCGGCGGCGGCGGCUUGCGGCCAACACGGCCUCCUCAAGAGGCGACCGUCGUGAUUGAAAAAUAAAUGAUAGCAUAGUACUCCUAAUGGUGAUGACUUCGAGUGUGAGCUGUUCGGGCUUGGGAGACGGCAGCUGGCAGCUGAUUCGCACCAACACAUGCUUUACUGUCAUCUUGCAUCGCACCUUGAUGACAAGACUGAUUUGCUUUAUUGAGCCCACUCCAGAGGCGCUAAUUGUUAAAUAGGUAUCACGUUUGUGUUGGAUUUUGGAGCCCAAGCUAUGUAGCUGGUCCGCCCGCGGGUGGACGGAUGGGGGAAGAAACAGCCCGUCUUACGCUAUUUUUGCUAGAUUACGUUGGUGUGUUGAUCGUGAUGUUUUGUCGAAACACGAGGUGUUAUAGAUGUUCAUGAAAUAGGAAGAGUUUUUUGCAGGUAUGCGUCGAACCGUUCUGUGAGUAUGUGUCGGUGAUUCUUUGCUGUUUACUGUUGAGAUCUCUCAUUAUGUACGCAAUUUUUAUCUGUGUCUUGUGUUCGUUGGCCACGCUUCCGCACCAGGCCGUAGCAGGCGGGGAUAUCGAUCCAAAAACAAUCGAUAAACGUUUUCCAUGAAUCCAUGAAGAAGUGAGGGUUCCUUCGUUAGUCUUUUGCAUGUGAGAAUUAAAUUGUCUUGCAUGUAAGAAGUGGUUGAAAAACGCACGCUCCCAAAUUUGUGUCUUACUCAGAAGGGUAUGCAAGCCCCUCGUCCUCAGGCGGUGUUUGAGAAACCGCAAAUUAAGUACAGUGUGACCUAGGCGAAAGAAAGUGUUUUGGAAAGACUAUGGCGGUGUUGUCGUACGUGAGGCUC